AUGGUACUACGAAGAACGAGUGUUCUUGGCCCUGAAUUCGAUGGCUUUGUCCAGCAGCAGAUGGACAAAUGGAAGGUCCCUGGACUGACCAUGGCCAUCGUGCACGGUGCUAGCACUUGGUCGAAAGCUUAUGGAAUGGCUGAAUUCCCCGAUCGGGAGAUGACUACCGAUGCUCUUUUCUCGACGUGCAGCACAACUAAAGCUUUCACGGCGGCAGCGGUUAGUCUGGUCAUCGACGACAGCCAAUAUACCGAUGCGCCCUUGAGCUGGGACACGCCAAUUUCAUCCAUACUGCGGGAUGAUUUUGUGCUCCAUAACGACUAUAGCACACUUCACACGACCAUAGAAGAUGCUCUAUCACAUCGCUCGGGACUCUCAACUCAUGACGGCUGCAUAUCUCUGGCGCAUCCUCAGAGACCACUUCGGGAGGCAGUGCGAAACUUGAGACACCUCAAAUUGGCUUACUCGCCUCGCACUACCUUUUCCUACAACAACAAUAUGUACAUGGCGACCUCCCAUCUACUGGAAAACAUCGAAGGCCGGAGUCUGGGCGAGAUUCUCAAGGCCCGCAUCUGGGACCCAUUGGGAAUGAGCGACACAUACUUCUCUGCGCAAGAAGUACUGCAAGACCCGACCCUCGGUCCUCGUUUUGUCAGAGGGUACACCUGGGAUGUCGAUACGAAUUCCUACAUAUCGGAACCUUACAUGAGCGACGUCGCCGUGUCCGGUGCCGGUGCUAUGGUGAGCAAUGUGCUCGAAUACACCAAGUGGCUCCGUGCAAUGAUAUAUCAAACGGGUCCCAUAUCCUCACGGGGGUAUGCUGAGAUAUUGAAACCUCGCACAAUAGUUACGGAUUUGGACGAACUUGUCGCACCCCCGUCCCCACAUCACCUCUAUGCUCUGGGGUGGUUCGUCGCCAGCUAUCGCGGUGAAUCACUAUACUGGCACAGUGGCAGUUGGGCUGGAUUUGGCAUUAUGGUCGGAUUUCUACCGAGCCAUGAAUUUGGCUUUGUCAUGAUGGGCAACACGACCAAUGCUCGCAAUGCACAGGUGGAGAUCUACAUGCGUCUCCUAGACCAGCUCUCUGGUGCUGGUCCGGGCUCGAGCUCUGUCCCUUGCUCACUGGGCCACGCGGCACCUCCCAAGAACAAGCGGGUAGCUGCAUCUGAAACCAUGGAGGAGGCGAUCAAACGGCUCUAUCCAUUUCUGCCUAGCCCUUCCAUUCCGCACUCUCUGCCGGUCCAGCAGUACGCAGGUCGAUACGUGCACGCCGCAUAUGGAUCCAUCACGCUCAGUGCUCAGAACGGCUAUCUGUGCGCAAAUCUUCUGGAUCGUGUUACGCCUGCGAUCAUCAGUCUGGGCCAUGCCAGUGGGGAAUUCUUCGUGGCACACUACUAUCAGCCCAAGACAGUCGGUUCUCUGUCUGCGUACUACUGUGUGGAAUUCCUCAUUGGCGCCAAUGGGGUUCCCACCGCGAUGGGCCUCGAUAUCGAGCCUGCCUUGGAAGAGAAGAUUUGGUUUGAGCGUAAGUGCUGA